ACAGGCAGUGUUAUGGCCGUUGAGAAAAGUGAGAAACAUCAAGGCACAAUCACCGGUAGUGGCAUUGCCCAAAUCUGCCUAUAAGAGGAGUCGAGUGGCCACAAUGGGCACAAUUUGUUCUCUCCAUCUCACAACUUGAACGUGAAGCAGUAUUUAUUUACCUUUCGCAGUGCGGCCGCAACUAGUUGAUACCCCGCGCCCACACCAACGCAGCGCCUGCACCUUGAACGUCACCAAUUUAUUACCCGGCGGCGGCGCCAGACAGACGCAGACUCGGAGUACAGCGGCGAUUGGAGCAAGCGCACAACUUUUCUCAUAUAGUAGUUCCAAAGAUUACACCUCGUUCCUUUCUCUCACCAUGCCAUCCGCAACCUCAGCCCUCACCAACGGCACCUCGCACAAAUCCACCGACACAAUGUCCACGUCCACGUCCACCGCGACCGAAAUCACCAAGCCCAACAUCGGCGUCUUCACCAACCCGAAACACGAUCUAUGGGUGGCCGAAGCGUCGCCCUCGCUGGACGAGGUGAAGCAAGGCAAGGAUCUGAAGGAAGGCGAAGUCUACGUCGGGGUCAAGUCGACGGGAAUCUGCGGCUCGGACGUACAUUUCUGGCACGCAGGAUGUAUCGGUCCAAUGAUCGUGACGGGCGACCAUAUCUUGGGCCACGAAUCCGCGGGAGUCGUGUUGUCGGUGCAUCCGUCGGUGACAAAUCUCAAACCUGGCGACCGGGUGGCCAUUGAGCCCAACAUCCCAUGCUUCAAGUGCGAACCAUGUCUGACCGGCCGGUACAACGGUUGCGAGAGCGUCGAGUUCCUGAGCACGCCGCCGGUGGACGGGCUGUUGCGCCGCUACGUGAAACAUCCCGCCAUGUGGUGCCACAAGAUCGGCGACAUGAGUUUCGAGAACGGAAGUCUUCUGGAGCCCUUGUCGGUCGCCUUGGCUGGCAUGGACCGCGCAGGAGUACGACUGGGCGAUCCGGUGCUGAUCUGCGGCGCGGGACCGAUUGGGUUGGUGACUUUGCUGUGCUGUCAAGCCGCCGGGGCGUGUCCGUUGCUCAUCACCGACAUCGACGCGGGCCGGUUGAAGUUUGCUCAGUCACUGGUCCCACGCGUCAAGAAGUUCCAGGUGCCUAUGGGCAAGUCGCCGGAAGAAUGUGCCGAGGGCAUCGUCGCCGCCAUGGGAGGCAUCCAACCCCCCGUGGCCAUGGAGUGCACGGGUGUCGAGUCCAGCGUGGCCAGCGCCAUCUGGAGCGUCAAGUUUGGCGGCAAGGUGUUUGUUAUUGGGGUUGGCAAGAACGAGAUGAAGAUCCCCUUCAUGCGUCUCAGCACCAUGGAAAUCGAUCUGCAAUACCAAUACCGAUACUGCAACACUUGGCCCAAAGCCAUCCGGCUGGUGGAGAGCGGCGUGAUCAACAUGGACAGGCUGGUCACCCAUCGCUUCAACCUGAGCCAAGCCACUGAGGCCUUCAAGACGGCCAGUGACCCCAAGAGCGGUGCGAUCAAGGUGCAGAUCAAGAAUGACGAUAGUUUAUAGAGGAUGUUAUAUACGGCUGCUAUGUUGAUCCAGCAACAUAACGACAGACAUCGCCGACGCUUGUAUGGCUAUUGGAGGGUGUUCUUUCGAUGCCACAUGUGUUUGUCUCAUCAGUCCCCCUUUCUGGCUUCUUACUUGGCUCAGCAGUAGCCUUGUGUAUCUUUUCAACGACGAGAUGCACAGCUCUCAUCCUGCCCAGUCAUUGUUGCUUCAUUAUCCCUUACACAAUCACCGGCCCGCUCUUGAUGGCCGCAACCUCAUUCUGACCUCCUCGAGCCAACCACUCGUCCACAACGCUCGCCUGGACAUCAUACCAAUGAUGCAUAGUCUCCAGAUCAGCAUAACCCAAAUGCGGACUCAGCAAAAGGCGGCUCCUGCCCUCCUUGCCCCAGUAAUUGUCCUUACGCCACGGACUAUCUUUCGGCAAGGGCUCUGUAUCAAAAACAUCAAGCGCCGCGCCCCUGAUAGCACCCUUUUCCAAAACAUCAACCAAAUCCGACUCUGUAACCAGAGGUCCACGCGAGGUAUUGACCAGUAUAGCAGUAGGUUUCAUCAGACUCAACUCGUGUUUUGACACAAUCCCGCGCGACCGCUCGCUCAGAACGUAAUGGACACUCAAAACAUCCGCGCGGCGAAACAGCUCAUCCUUCGAGGAAGCCACCUCAAACGAACCCGCAGGCAACCCUCGCGACGCAGCCAAGCUGUCGGCUUUGGCCUGCGUAAGACUGCUAGACCAUGCCAGCACGCGCAUGCCGAACCCUAGAGCACCUGUAACGGCCGCUUGGGUCCCCAGUCGUCCGAGACCGAGAAUGCUCAGCGUUUUGCCGGCGAGAGUUGACACCAGGGCUGGGCUGAAGCGGUCGACGUCGAGGCCUUGGCCGAGACCGCUGUUGUCGUGGUCAUUGUGUUGAGUGUCGUUUAUUUGAUCAGUCUGCCACUUGUCACUUGUCGUUUUCAACCUCGUAUCGCCCUCCACCACAUUUCUGAGCAAGCCCAAAAUCAGCGCCCACGUCUGCUCGUUGGUCGAAUCGUAACCCGGCACUGCAUUGGGUUUGGGUCCUGUGCCUACGACUCUGAUCCCUAACUCUUUGCAUGCCUCCGUGUCGAUAGCUGCGUUCCGCCCGCCUGUCGUCAAGAGGAGUUUCAAGGUGGGCAAUUUCUCCAGAAGUGAUCGGGGGAAACGGGUCCGUUCACGCAUCGAAGAGAUGAUGCUGUACGGUUGUAGGCGCUGGACUAAAGCGUCGUGUUCGUCUGGAUUGUGUAUAUUUAGUGUUUCUGGGAACGUGUGGAUUUCCAGUCCUAAUCUUGGUGUGAGACGUUGGAAAUGAGCUGGAGCGAUGCCAGCGUAGUCGUCGAGGAUGGCGAGUUUGAUGACAGCAGAUGAUGAUGAUGAUGAAGACAUGGUUUGUUGAUGUUCGGGUUGAUGUUGCUGACGAUGUAUGUCGUUUGUCCGAGAUAUGUGUACCUGUAUCUGCCGAGAAGCGAGCCGGACUGCCCGUUGGUCGCUCGAUCCCAAUGAUACUGUAACUGGAUUAUUGAUAUCGAGAUUGAUUUUCUUACAGAAAAUAGUGAUUCAAGUUGGUCC